ACAGACGUCUGCGUAUGAGUACAACGGUGCACUAGUGAGGUGUGUUGUGUUGUGUUGUGGAGUCCAGCAAGGCAGACAUGUCCAACGGUGUCAAAGCUAGAAUAGUGAUAGUGGGAUGUGGAAUAUCAGGGCUAGCAGCGGCACAUAAACUCGUUAAAGCAGGAUUUAACCAAGUGCAGAUACUAGAAGCUUCAGCUCGAAGCGGAGGGAGGAUAAAAACGGGAACAUUUGGUGAUAACAUAAUAGAGAUCGGUGCAAACUGGAUCCACGGGCCAUCCGAGGAGAACCCAGUGUUUUUGUUGGCUCGACAAUAUGGACUGCUGGAUCCAGGGGCCCUCAAGCCAGAGAACCAAGCCAUGGACAUCGGGGGACAUCCUCCCUGGGUGCCCAAUAUAUUCACCAGCUCAGGUCGCAAGUUAAGCCUUGAGGAUGUGUAUCCUGCCAAGGAGAUGUUUGAUGAGCUGCUGGAUGAGAGCUCAGAGUUUCAGGAGAGAGGAGGAGAACCUUGGCCCACCGUGGGUCAAUUUAUCCGUGCAGAGGUGCUACGAAGAGCAGCCGACAAGUGGAAAAUAACCGAUGCAGCCACAAUAUCUUUAUUACGGUGCAUGAUCAGCACCAUUUUGAAGGUGGAAUGUUCUGUUAAUGGAACUCACAGCAUGGAUGACCUCGGCUUGGGUGCUUAUGGCCUCUAUAAAACUCUGCUGGGACUUGAUUGCACCUUGCCAGGUGGUUAUGAAGGUCUCCUGCGAAACCUGAUGUCUGAGCUUCCCGCUGGUCUGGUGAACUACAAUAAGCCAGUGCGCUGCAUCCACUGGAACAACACAGAGAAGGCAGACACACACCUGACUGUUGAGUGCGAAGACGGGGAGAGGGUGGCUGCUGAUCAUGUGAUCGUGACGGUGCCUCUAGGCUACCUAAAGAAGCACUAUUCCACACUGUUCCAUCCUCCUCUUCCUUUACACAAGAUGCACUCUGUACAGAGACUCGGCUUCGGCACCAACAAUAAAAUAUUUGUGGAGUUUGAUUCGCCAUGGUGGGACGACGACUGCCAGGUCAUCUACUUGGUGUGGGAGGAUGAGGACGCCAUAGUGGACCAGGUGCAGGAUGUCCAGGGAUCUUGGAUAAAGAAAUUAUUUGGCUUCACUGUGGUAGAACCCACUGAAAGGUACGGCCAUGUUUUAUGUGGCUGGAUCGCCGGGCAUGAGUCCGAGUACAUGGAGACUUUACCUGAGCAGGAGGUCCUGCACGCCGUCACUCAACUCGUCCGCAUGUUUACAGGCAACCCCAUCAUCAGCCCACGCAGAAUCCUGCGCUCUCAAUGGUUUAACAACCCCUGGACAUGCGGAUCGUACAGUUACCCUUCAAAAGGUUGCUCAUUGCAAGACUUGGAGAACUUGAUGGAGCCUUUGCCUUCGAAGCCAUCACCGUCACAACCCCUGCAGGUGUUGUUUGCUGGGGAGGCGACUCAUCCUACCUACUACUCCACCGUCCAUGGAGCUCUUCUCACUGGCUGGAGGGAAGCUGACAGGCUGGUCGCUCACUACUCUUCCAGUCAGCCACAGAAUCGAUCUGCCUCCCGGGAACCUUUUGGCCAUAGAGACCAGCUGCUGGGUCUCUGCCACACCAGAGUCUGUUUGGAGAGACAGGGCUGCGGAGCUGGCGCUGAGUGCCGAGACGGACAAGCUUCACAGUGUCUUGGCUGAAUGAGCAGGUAUCGGACACCUCGGUCUCCUUGGACGCUCAUCCAUGCGGACUGGACACUGGCCGAGAGUUGGUGGGCGACCGAGGGUGGAGUCGGCUCUCUUGGUUGCUUUGUUGGGUCUGCUCCUGUCUCUGGCUAUGCUUCCCCCACACCAGCAGACAAUGGUGUGGAACACCGCAGAGGCCACCACAGUGUAUAUGUAAUUUUUCUUGUUGUUUUACUUUUGUGGCUGUGUAGAAAUGACUGGUUGCAUCAGCUCUGCUCCUUUAAUGUCUUUAAUGUCCUUUGUUUGUUUUACCAUGAAUUGAUUAACGUGGACCCCGACUUAAACAAGUUGAAAAACUUAUUCGGGUGUUACCAUUUAGUGGUCAAUUGUACGGAAUAUGUACUGUAC